CUGACCCUAUAUCCACCCUAUAUCCACCCUAUAGGUCCAGAAGCUCCAGGCCAUCCUCAAACCCAUGAUGCUCCGUCGCCUUAAAGAAGACGUGGAGAAGAACCUGGCCCCGAAACAAGAAACCAUCAUCGAGGUGGAACUGACCAACAUCCAGAAGAAAUAUUAUAGGGCCAUCCUAGAAAAGAACUUCUCGUUCCUAUCCAAAGGGGCCGGGCACAGCAACAUGCCCAACCUCCUCAACACCAUGAUGGAGCUACGCAAGUGCUGUAACCACCCCUACCUCAUUAAUGGUGCCGAAGAGAAGAUUCUAUCCGAGUUCCGCGACUCGUGCCCCCACCACGUUCCCCACGACUUCCACCUUCAGGCCAUGGUUCGUUCGGCCGGAAAAUUGGUUCUUUUGGACAAACUGCUGCCCAAACUCAAGGCCGGGGGGCACAAGGUGCUGGUGUUCUCCCAGAUGGUGCGAUGCCUCGACAUCCUGGAGGAUUACCUCAUUCAGAAGAGGUAUCUUUACGAGCGGAUCGACGGGCGCGUGCGGGGCAACCUCCGUCAGGCCGCCAUCGAUCGCUUCAGCAAACCCGAUUCGGAUCGAUUCGUGUUCCUGUUGUGUACGAGGGCCGGGGGGCUCGGGAUCAACCUGACGGCGGCCGAUACCUGCAUCAUCUUCGACUCCGAUUGGAACCCACAGAACGACCUACAGGCCCAGGCUCGCUGUCACCGCAUUGGUCAGAGCAAAUCAGUGAAAAUUUACAGGUUGAUUACAAGGAAUUCUUAUGAAAGGGAAAUGUUUGACAAAGCUAGCCUGAAGCUUGGCCUUGAUAAGGCUGUGCUACAGUCUAUGAGCGGCAGGGAGGGCAGCAUGCGGGGAUCCAUCAGUUCUCCUAAGAAGGAGAUUCGAGGUACCUAUUGCAUCCAUCAGUUCUCCAAGAAGGAGAUCGAGGACCUAUUGCGUAAAGGCGCCUACGCCCAUAGCCCCCAUUGA